AUGGCAGCGGUAUCUAGCUGUGGCAGGGACUCAUUGUCGAAGGACGAAAGCCCGCGUGCACGUAAGCCGAAGAAGUUGGCCGGUGAGAAGGGCAGUAGCAGCGGUGCAUCGAAUGGCAGCGGAAGCGGAGGUGGCGGUGCUGCCACCGCAGAGGAUAAACGACCGCGCACGGCGUUCAGUGGAUCGCAAUUGGCGCGCUUGAAGCACGAGUUCACCGAGAAUCGUUAUCUAAGAAAGCGACGUCAGCAACUUAGCUCCGAACUGGGACUAAAUGGAGCGCAUAAAAUUUGGUUUCAAAACAAACGUGCCAAACAAAAGUCAAGCGGCACUAAGAAUCCUUUGGCCCUGCAACUUAUGGCGCAAGGCCUAAACACUCCGACGGUGCCGCUGACGCGAGAAGAAGAAGAACUGCAAGAGCUGCAGGAGCGCGAAAACGCAGCAGCGGCCGCCGCAGCAGCAGAGGUAAGAAAUGGUGGCGCAACAACAGCCACAACUGUGUCCACGUAGGUAGUCUCGUGAUGCUGAGGUAAUUGUAUUUGGAGACAACGAAGUAAUAACUA